CCAACGCGCGAUCGGAUCGGUCGACUUUUUGCGACAGAGCAAACCAUCGUAUCGGUUUCGACUUUUGCAAUAGAAUUACCAUUGUUCAUUUUACUGACAAUGGCUUCUAUACGCAAAAAUACAUUGGUCGUCGAUUUCAAUGUACUCCCAGUGCGGCCAAGUGCAGCAGAUAUCGAGAAGUUUCUGAGUAAAUCACUUGAGAUUGAGAUGACAUCCGUCAAAAAUCUCCAACUACAUACCAUUCGGAAUUGUGCCCUCAUUGAGAUGCGCACCUUAGAAGCUGCAGAACGGUUGGCUUCUGCACACCACCUAAAACACUCCAUGCAAGCAGGGAAGAAUAACUUCAACAUCCCGGUGUACGUGGAGGAUACAGCCAUCAACGUCCGUAUACACGAUCUCCCGCCAAGUGUACCCAAUUCAGCCGUCGCCGAGCACAUGAAACAGUAUGGAAAGGUAAUAUCAGUGGCCCGCGAGUUGUGGAAAAAGUUUUUUCGAGGAAUUCCGAACGGCGUACGAGUAGUACGUAUUGAACUGUCCAAAUAUAUUCCAUCGUUCAUCCGAAUACAAGAUCAGCUCACCGCUGUAUCGUAUCGAUCGCAGGUACCCACUUGUAUGCGAUGCGAACAAAAAGCACAUCCUAAGCUUAAGUGCUCGGAAGCAGCAACCAAAAAUAAAGCGCGCCAUGUAACGGCACUAAACACAUACGACAUCCAGCCAACAAACGAACACAGUGUGGCUGACAACCCCGUACCGAUGGACUUCGCAGUGGAGAAUAAUAACGUUGAAGCGAACGCAAUAGCUGAACAUCACCGACAGCAGUCAAAACGAGACAUUCGUCAAACGAGCCCAACGGACAGCAACGCACCGCCUUGUAAAAAAGCAGAAGUCACAAUGAUAACAAAGGACACGAUCACCGCGGCUCGUUCGUUCGAUGAUGAUGAAAAUGGAUUUGGAAUAGCUGAGAAUGAAGACACAGACACCGACGAUUCAGGUCCGGAUCCCGCAAAGGAUGACGUCGAUGGAUGGCUUGUUAAACUUGUUCCUGCUGAGAACUGUAACAUCAUCCUCAGUGGAACAGCGGUGGAGUGGGCCAACGAGGCUGAUUAUCUCGGUUUAACCCUGGACAGCAAGCUGAUCUACAAACAACAGGUCGACAAAACCGUGACCAAGUGCAAAACAAAUCAUCCUCCCCGUGAUAGAAUAUGGCAUGCCAGUCUGGGGGAGUUGCGCUAA